AUGGAAGCAGCACAGCAUGCGCUCGAAAGUGCAAAGGCAGUGGCGUUCCCUUUGAGCCUCUGCAUGUUUGCGCUCUACCCCGUGGCGCUCUUCAUCUGGACCGUGUUCGAGGGUCGAUCUGCUGCGCGAUUACAGACCAAGGCCAGCGUAGUCGACCUCUCACAGGACGCAGGUGUCGGCAAGGAGGAGGUGACUAAGAAGGCCUACCGGGACGGGAGGCAGAGAACGAAGGCGCGCAGCGCCGUCUUCGGCCGCGUGCUCGCGCUCGCCCUUGCGUGCCUCGCCGCGGCCGUGUCCGUGGGCGCCCUCGGCGCCUUCGUGUGCGGCCCCCCCGGCCAGGGCCACGGGCGAGUGGGCCGCACUGGGAGGCGUCAGAGCAUGCCCGCUGCGCCGACGGCGGAUGUCUCGCUGUGGCACGACGUUGACCUGCACGUGAAGUCGUGGCUCGACGAGGACACUGGGCUCUUCCGCUACGUGAACGAGAUCCCCCUUGGCACGUUGGACAAGCACGAGGUGCAGCCAGGGGAGCCCUACAACAGGAUCGUGGAGGACCCCGUGGGCUCCGCGCGGCUCAAGGCCUUCGGGCAGCCGGUGCCGUUCAACUACGGCUGCUUCCCGCAGACCUACCGCGACCCAGACGAGAUCGACGAGCUCCACGGGGCCCCCGGGGACGACGACCCGCUCGACGUACUCGACGUGAGCGGCCACUCGGUGGGCGUCGGGGACAUCGUCGAGUGCCGCAUCCUGGGAGCCGUGUGCCUCGUGGACGAGGGCGAGGCCGACUGGAAGGUGUUCGUCGUCAACACCAGGGCGGGGCCCCUCGCCCACGCGAGGUCCGUCGAGGACGUCGAGGCAGUGGUGCCCGGGCGCAUCCAGGAGAUGCUCGGGUGGAUGGAGGACUCCGAGACUUCAAGCACAGCACGGGCAAGGACACCGCCACGCUGCACAUGA